AUGGACGCCUCACUUCUCCUCCGCCAAAUCCUGCGCAUGCCCCCCGCGCAUCGCACCGCCCUCCUCCAGCCCAUGAUGCGCCCUCAGCCACGGUCUUUGUGCUCACUCCAGCAAGCCUCGUUCUCGCGCCACCUCUCCAUCCCGCGCAUCAUUCAGCCCAGCUUCUGGGCGUCCAUGAUCCCCAAGCCCCUGCGCCCCAGCACCACCGACCCAGCGAGUCCGCCCCGCGCCCCAAAGGACUGGAACCCUGCUACGCCCUACAUCAUCCUCGGCCUGCUGGUCGGCAGCCAGGCCAUCCAGAUUCUGUGGCUGAAGCAGGAGCGCGGACAUGAGAUGCGGAGGGCCGAGGCAAAGAUUGGUAUCUUGAGGGAAGUCAUUGAGCGGGUGCAGAGGGGUGAGAAGGUUGAUGUUGAGGGCGUCUUGGGGACGGGGGAUGCGGUUCAAGAGGGGGAAUGGAAGAAGGUGCUGAAAGACAUCCAAGAUGAAGAAGCGCUGUUUCAGAGCAAAAAGAAGAGAAGGGCGAUGAGGGAAAAGGCGCUCAGGGAACAAGAAGAAGCGGCAGCAGCGAGUGAUGCAGGAGAAAGUGCGGAUAGAGCAAAGGCAAAGGCGAAGAUGGAGGUGGAGAGUUUGGGUGGAGUCAAAUUCUACUGA